GCGCCAAAGCAUUUUAUGCGCGUCAGCACGUGUGGCACUUAUGUGCGCCUGGAUGAAAAACCCUCAGCGCAGCACUUGCACGAGGAGAUGCUCAAAGCUAAGCUGCAGUACAGCCAACAGACCAAGCAGCAGCACAUAAUCACCCCAAAUCCCUCGGACACAGAAGACGACGCCGAGACACCGCCCUGCAAGAAACAACGCUUGGAAUUGCCACAGCCCGUUGCUGCAUUAACGCCGCCGCCAGAAACACAGAAACAAGUACAAACACAAGAACAACAACAAACACAGCGCGUUAGCGUUAUCAUGCAUGUGAACAGCUCGGGCAUUUGCUCCGCCAUCGACGAGAACUCGUGCUCCUCCACCAUUUCCAGCGCCUCCGCCGCGUCCACCACAACCACCACCAGCAACAACAGCAGUACUGUCUCGCAAGCACCGCUGCUGACCUCCGACGACGACUGCAGCGAAACCAAUGUGUGGCGCAGCUUGAAGUUCAAGAUGAAUCGCACGCGUUGCAGCAGUUUCUCGGCGCCGGCGUCCGUGCAGCAGCCACAACAGCAACCAGAACAAAAAGAGCAAAGCGAAUCCAAACUGGAUUUGGCGCAAACACACUUCCGCUUCACGCUGCCGGCCGUGCAAACAACCGUUAGCGCAACACAGCAACAGCAACAACAACAAAUGUACACCACCACACCGCCACAGUAUCAAGUAAUUGCACCGAAAAGUAUUUACCUAACACCCGCGGCGACAUGCGCGUCCAGCAACGGCAGCGCGCCUAACACCACCACAGUCAUUCCCGCGCAAUUGUUGGUGCUCAACGCCAGCAACGGCCUGCUACAAAACGUCACCGGCAAUCCAUCCAUAGCCGCGGCCAGCAGCACACCAGCCGCAACGCCCGUACACAAAAUGACUGCAGCGCAAAUUGCCGCCGAGCGUCGACGCAUCUACGUCUGCGAAUAUCCGAAUUGCGGCAAGAACUACUUCAAGUCCAGCCACCUGAAGGCGCAUCAGCGCGUGCACACCGGCGAGCGGCCAUUCAUCUGCAAGUGGGAGAACUGCGAUAAGCGCUUCUCGCGCUCCGACGAGUUGUCGCGUCACAAGCGCACACACACCGGCGAGAAGAAGUUCGUCUGCAGCGUCUGCCAGAAGAAGUUCAUGCGCAGCGAUCACUUGUCCAAGCACAUCAAGCGCCAUGGCAAGGAUAAGGCUAACGGCGUGAACCGCAAUGUCGCCGCCGCUACAAUGGCAGCCGCAGUGGCGGCCGCCGCCGCAGCCGCAGCUGCCUGUGGUCAACAACAGCAACCUGCCGCCGUAACGCCAGCUAGCGCUCACAGUGGCACAACUCACUUGCGUCCAAUUGCACCAGCGUGCAGCGCGCCGUUGACGGCGAAGCACACGCCACUCGCCGCCGCCACGUCCACAGUAGCCAGUAGCGGCGCCGGUCUGCAGCUGCAAAUCUGCAGCGCCGGCGACUUGUUGCGUCUGCAGCAGGUGGGCGCGUUGCCGACCGCCUUCACCACGCUCAUCGCCGACCAGCAGCAAUUGCAGGUGCAACAACAACAACGUUAAGCGCUUAACAACUAAUUCCGCAUGGUGUCAGCAGAACAAAUCGCCCGGGGAUUGGGUAUUAGCAGUCAAGCGUCCGUCAUUCCAAACUCAUAUUAAUUUAAAACAACAAAAACAAAAACAUGCAGUAAAAUUUCUUGAUUAGUAGUUGUAGAGAUGUCAGAUGUCUUAAAGUAAGAUCUUUAAUUUCUUAAGAAUGUCUCCAAUAUCCAAAAACCUUUGUAAUAAUCAGUAUGUAUUAUAUUUAUUUGAUAUGUAAUUUUUGUUGUAAGGUUACUCUCAUUGAGCAAUGAAACAUUACUUAAAGGCAUAGAACCACUAUAACACACACAUACAUACGUAAUUUAGCAUAUUUAAUCUCAAAUAUAAUAUGUAAUCGUAUUUAUGCAAAAGCAGCCCGUAGACGCUGUCAAUACACAGGGGAGUUGCUGUCACGCCUCACCCUCUUUCAAAUCUACUAACUAACCCUCCUACCUUUUCGAUUUUCUGCAUUGAAUAUAUGUCUGCAAUUCCGUUUUAGCAAUAAGUAACGGCUUUUAAAAAAGUAUCAUUCUAUAAUUAUCAAUUAAGUUAUUAAGUUUGUAUUUGUUUGUUAAUUUUUACCGCUAGCCAAUAAUUUUUAAAACUCUUUACAACAAAUAUGUAAAAAUAGUAAAAAAAAAAAUCUGUGAUAUUUAAGUUAUCUUAAACUGAGAACACACUUACAUGUAUGGUAUACUAUAUUUGUAUGUGACUACAGCUAAUUUAUUAUAUAAUGUAAAUGUAUAUAAACUUAUUUACUAAACUUUCUUACUUGUAUGUAAAUAAAUGCAAUUAUGUAAUUAAGUAUAUUGAUAAAAUGUAUGAGUUGAAAAAAUUAAAAAAAAAACCAAAAUAAGAAAAAACAAAACAUAAGAAUAUUGAUGAAGGCAUUAAAAAGAGAAAAUAAGAAGAAGACAAACUUAUGCAUUAAAAAAUUCAACUUAAAUACAAAAUAAACACUCUUUCCCAAGUGUCUAUCAAAUCAUAAUAAA